AUGGCAGCUCAAAAUCUCCUUCUUCAUGUCCAUAUUUCUACUGACAUUGUCAGGAAGAUGACCUUGCCUUCACGUCCAGAGAGUGUAGAUGAGCUGAAAACCAAGAUAAAAGCCAACUUAUCUUAUGAAGACCCAGAUUUUGAUAUGCAGUUAUGCUCUCUUGUAGACAUUGAUGAGCUUCCACAGAAGGCUGUAUUAAAUGUGAUUCUGUGUGAAAGUGAUGGCAGCUCUGUAGCAUCAGAUGAAACCAUCAUACUUCCCCAUGCAAUUACCCCACAGAAAUUUUUUCCAGUGCCCACUUUUUCAUAUGAGGUGGAGCUUAUACUUGGAGAAGGAAAUGUUGCAUUUGAGAGAACUGGGAAAACUCUGAAAUUG